AUGCCCUAUGGGCAAUGGGAGAGUCCUAUAACUAGCGAGGCUUUGUCAAACGAUUCAGUUUCACUCAACGCACCACGAAGCAACCGCGAUGGAACAGCCCUUUAUUACCUUGAAGCUGAUCGUAACGGACACGGGCGUAUUAAACGCGUUGAUCCACCGGGCCAUGUCACACCAGAUAAAUUCGAUGUUGGUAGCGCUGUGUACUCCUAUGGUGGAGGGGCUUUCGUCGUCGAUGUGGACGGGUUCCUCGUGUUCACGGAUGCCAACACACAAGGCGUAUAUCGCGCGAGCCCUGAUGGCAUGACCGUUGACAAAGUCUUAUUAUCUCCUUCUACUUUGUAUGGAGACUUGGCUGCUCAUCCAAACGAUGCUCGAUUUAUCCUUGCGGUACGGCAAGUCAACUUACAAGAUGGCUCACGAUCCGUAGUAAGUAUCGUCUGCAUCGAUACGGUGGAUCAUUCAGAGACGGUUCUGCGUCAAGGCUCUGACUUUUACUCUCAUCCACGCUUCAGUCUCGAUGGGCACAUGUUAUGCUGGCUGGAGUGGGAUCAUCCCCACAUGCCAUGGACCGGAGCGAGACUAUUUGUCGCUACAUGGGGUCCGGUCCUGACUGGGUUACGCGGUAUAGGCAAACAAUUCGGUGUUGGACAGCCCCGUUGGGGCCCCGGCAAAACACUGUACUACUGCCACGACGAUACUGGGUACCAACAACUUUACCACGUCAAUCUUGAAAAUGAUAACGGGCAGCCCGACCCGCAAUGGCUCAGAAUCAAGGGCAUGGAGGAAUAUGAGUUGGCCGGCGCCGAGUUCUUAUUAUCAAGUAACACCUACUUCCAACUCGACGAGCAUCACCUGAUCGUGACAUAUACGGCCUCAGCUCGAAGCCAGCUGGCUUUGGUUCAUUGUGCUAAUGGUAUAUACGCCGAUUUGGACGUCGCAUUGAAUGACAUCGCGUAUGACGCCUUACAGCGCAUUAACAGCCACGAGUUCCUGGCAAUUGGGGCAAUGAGCGAACGUGCUUCUAGUCUCUAUCGAAUUCGCCUUCCUGAUGUAUUGGACAUGUCGAAGGGGAUGAUUUCAUGCCAUAUCACAGCAAUUGCGCAGUCUUAUGACAUAUCUAAGUUUCCCAGCGGUAUGCUGUCAACGCCGGUUCCGAUAAACUUCCGAAGAUCACAUAAACCACAAGUCGACAAUGGAGAACCUACGGCAGACGUUAGAACAGGGCAUGCAUUUUUGAUGAACCCCACGAAUGCGAACUAUACUGCUGCGGAGGGAGAGCUUCCACCCUGCAUUAUCAUGGCUCACGGCGGCCCUACCAAACACCACCGCCCAAGCAUUAACUUAGAAAGCCAGUAUUUUACUUCACGCGGCUACGUGGUUGUACUUCUCAACCACGUCGGUUCGACUGGUUACGGAAAACUUUAUCGCGAUGCUAUGGACGGCAUGUGGGGCGCCGCCGAUGUCCAAGAUGCGGUUGACGUCGUACAAGCACUGGUACGGAACGGAGUGAUUGACCCCCAACGUGUAGGCAUCACCGGACCUAGUGCUGGGGGGUACUUGACGCUGCAGGCUGUCUGUGCACAUCCUAACGUAUGGGCUGGAGCGAUAAGCGUUUUCGGGAUCUCAGAUAUGAGGGGAUUCGCAAGAACGACACAUCAUUUUGAAUCACAUUAUGACUUCCUACUCGUGAGGGGCAGGAACUCCCUGGCCCAGGCUGAAGUGAACGAUGUGAAGCAAGAGGAUUUCCAUACACUUGAAGAGUUAUACGAGGACCGCAGUCCAGUUACAAGAGCACGAGAUAGCAGAGUACCAGUUCUUCUAUUACAAGGUUCUGAAGAUUGUGUAGUCACAUUGGAUCAAGCCUUAGCUUUUGUCAAGGCGGCUAACCAGUCUUCGGAUGAACACGGAAUCAUCCGAAAGGACGUACAGAGCCGUGUAGAGCUGGUCGUGUAUGAACACGAAGGCCAUGGUUUUCAUUUGGCAAGUACUAAGAAAGACAGCCUGGAAAGAGCGGAAAACUGGUGGAAAAGAGUACUUGUAGAAAGAUCUGGAGUGUGA